AUGUCCAAGGCCAUCAUCUCUCCCUCCGUCCUCGCGAGCGACCUCUCGAAUCUCGCCGAGGAAUGCAAGCGGAUGAUGACCGCAGGAUGCGACUGGCUUCACAUGGAUGUCAUGGACGGCCACUUUGUCCCGAACAUCACGAUGGGUGCACCUAUCUUGUCGGCCGUGCGAGACAAUGUCCCUGGCAUAUAUAUGGACUGCCAUAUGAUGGUGUCUGAGCCACUGAAGUGGGUUCCCGAAAUCGCCGAGGCCGGCGGGAAGAGCUACACUUUCCACUUUGAAUCUACCUCGGAACACCAAAAAGUCAUUGACCUGAUCCACGAGCACAAAAUGUCCGCUGGACUCGCCAUCUCCCCCGAAACCCCCUCAUCAUCAAUAACCGAAUCACUCGGCAACUCGGCUGAUCUCUUGCUCGUCAUGACUGUCCGUCCCGGCCGGGGCGGGCAAAAGUUCAUGCCCGAGUGCCUCGAGAAGGUGAUGGACCUCCGUAAGCGUUUCCCGGGAAAGAAUAUCCAGGUGGACGGCGGAGUAGGAUCGGGGAAUGCGUGCCAGUGCGCCCAGGCGGGAAGUAAUGUGCUGGUGGCGGGGACGGCGGUGUUUGGGAGUAAGGAUCCAAAGGCGACGAUUGGGGAGUUGAGGGGCGCGGUGGAGAAGGUCCUUGAGGAGCAGAAGGCUUAG